AUGUCCAGCACAUUUCAGAACAUUGCGAUUGUGGGAGCAUCUGGAAAUGUAGGCGCCGCAGCCGUACAAGAACUCCUCGCCCAGGGCUUCACCGUGACGGCCCUAACGCGCGCCUCCUCGACAGCCACCUUUCCGGCGGGGGUCCGAGUCGAAAAGAUCGACGACUACAGCUCGGUCACGGCCCUGACGGCCGCGCUCCGGGGCCAGGAUGCCGUCGUGUCUGCCGUCGCGACCACGGUGGUGCCCAGCCAGAUUGCCCUGGUGGACGCUGCCGUGGCCGCUGGCGUGAAGAGAUUCCUUCCCUCGGAAUUUGGCGCCAAUACGCGGACACUUGUCGGCAAUGAUGGCGUUACGGCGGCGCUUGGCACCAAGACGCGGGUGAAUGAUUAUCUUGUUCAAAAGAGUUCUGAGAAUGAAGACUUUUCCUGGACUAGUGUCGUUGCUGGAAGUUUCUUUGACUGGAGCUUGGACAUGGGCACAUACGCAUUCAACAAAACGACCAAGACGGCGACCAUUUUCGAUUCGGGCAAUGCGCCCCUGCACGUCUCGACCGUGCCCUUCAUCGCCAAAGCCGUCGCUGCCGUGCUGCGCCAUCCCGAGGAGACCAAGAACCGAUACGUCACCAUUGCCUCGGGCUACACCAGCCAGAAUAAGCUGCUUCAAAGAGCCGAAAAAACCACGGGGCAGACGUGGACAGUUGAGCGCGUUGCCACGGCGGAUCUGAAAAGGGUAGGGCGAGAGGCACUCGAACGGGGUGAUUUUGGCGCCGCUUUUGGGCCGCUCUUGCAGAGCCAUUUGUUCCAAGAUGAUGGGGGCCGGCUUGUGACGACCGAGAAUGACAAUGAUGUUCUCGGCCUACGCGAGGAAGAUUUGGAUGCUAUCUUUGACGAAUGGCUGGUCGCGGAGAAGGGAAAGGCCUGGGCAUCAGGACUCUAA